GGUGCGCAGUAGUGGGAUGGGGCGCCCGGGCGAGCGAUGGCAAGAUCGCUGGAGUGGACACGGGAUCGGAGCCGGGAGGCGGCUGUACAAGUCACGGGGUUCUAGUGGCGGGCCUCCCCGAGCCUCUUAGGGGCUGGAGUCGGGUCGGAGACUGCGCCACGGCCGCCCAGGACCUGACCUCAGGGUUAUCGCUGGAGCUCUGGGCCUGCAUAACCCCACCACUCCCAGCAGCCCCCGCAACGCUGCUUUACUGCUCAUGAAACCUCCUCCCUGCAGGAACCCGACAUGGUGACCAGAGGCUCUACCCUGGGUUCUCCUGCUUGGUGACAUGUGACCUCCACUAGGAAUCUCAGGACGUCCGGCACCAAAAUACACAAAAUUAGGAGAACGUUUACAACAUGUCAUUCCUGGACACAUAGCCUGCUCCAUGGCGUGUGGUGGCAAAGCAUGCAAGUAUGAAAACCCAGCUCGCUGGAGUGAGCAGGAGCAAGCCAUAAGAGGGGUCUACUCGUCCUGGGUGACUGAGAAUAUCCUGGCCAUGGCACGCCCGUCUACUGAGCUUCUGGAAAAGUACUGCAUCAUUGACCAGUUCCAAACCCAUGGUAUAAAAACAGUGAUCAACCUGCAGCGCCAGGGUGAACACGCCAGCUGUGGGAACCCUCUGGAACAAGAAAGUGGCUUCACAUACCUCCCCGAGGCUUUCAUGGAGGCCGGCAUUUAUUUUUACAAUUUCGGAUGGAAGGAUUAUGGUGUGGUGUCCCUCACUACCAUCUUAGAUAUGGUGAAGGUGAUGACAUUUGCCUUACAAGAAGGAAAAGUAGCCAUCCAUUGUCACGCAGGGUUUGGUCGAACAGGUGUCUUAAUCGCAUGUUAUCUGGUCUUUGCAACAAGAAUGACUGCUGACCAAUUGAUCAUAUUUGUGCGAGCAAAGCGACCCAACUCCAUAAAGACUAGAGGACAACUACUGUGUGUGCGGGAAUUCACUCAGUUUCUGAUUCCUCUCCACAACAUAUUCGCCUGCUGCGACCCCAAAGCGCACGCCGUCACCUUAGCACAGUACCUCAUCCGCCAGCGCCACCUGCUUCAUGGUUACCAGGCGCGACUUCUGAAACACGUGCCAAAGAUCAUCCACAUGGUUUGCAAACUACUCUUGGACUUAGCCGAGAACAGGCCGGUGGUGAGGGAAGAGGUGCCCAGCGUGCCUGGUCUGUCUGCAGAAAUUGAAAAGACGGUGUCUGAGGUGGUGACGAUGCAGCUCGAUAAGGAGCUGCUGCGGCACAACAGUGACGUGUCCUGCACCCCUUCUGUGGCGGCCCCCGACUUUGAGACUCAGGACAUGGUCCUUCCCCACGAGCAAGAGUUUGACCCCCUCUGGAAGAGGCGGAAUGCUGAGUGCCUUCAGCCCCUCACUUGUCUGAAAAGGCAGCUCAGCUACAGUGACUCAGAUCUAAAGAGGGCCGAGUGGCUUCUGGAACAAGGGGGGACUCCCUGGAUGGUGCCUGCCCAGGCCAUGCCUUGCCAGCACUCCGAGCAGCAGAUGCCUCUAAGCCACUGUCACACCCCACAGUCACCACGGGUAGACUUAAGUAAAGAAAUACUGUGCCGGAAUACAUUUUCUUUCUGGAACCAGACAAAAUGUGGAGGUCUAGCAGGACUCAAAGAGGAUGGGUCACCAGUCUCAACAAAGAAUCUUUCAAAAGAAGUCCAGCAAAGUAGAACCUUCUCUUCAGGAGUUUAUAAUCCUGGGGAGCCAGCUUCUCCCAACUUUGCAAAUCUCCAUAAGGAGCAAGACUGUUCUGACCACCAAGCACUCCCUGAUCAGGGUGAAGCCCAUGGUGGUGGUACUCAGGGCUUGGUCUCAGAGGAUGGUGACCUGAUGGGUUGUGAUCAUGGUACCAAAGCCCAGUUCUCCAUUGUACCUGAAACUGAUGACAGCAAAGAUGUAUCUCAAGUCACUCCACACACUGUUUUGCUGUCUGAACUGAGUGUGGAAGCAAGGAGAGUACUGGUAGCCAAAGCCCUGGCAAAUUUAAAUGAGUUUGCAGAAGAGGAGGAAAUGAAAAGGAAGGUAGAAAUGUGGCAGAAAGAACUAAAUUCGCAAGAUGGAGCUUGGGAAAGGAUAUGUGGCGAAAGAGACCCUUUCACCCUGUGCAGUUUGAUGUGGUCUUGGGUGGAGCAGCUGAAGGAGCCUGUGAUAACCAGAGAGGACGUGGACAUGCUGGUUGAUAGCCACUCAGAUACCGCAGAAGCACUGUUCUUAUUGGAGAAGGGCCAGCAUCAGACUAUUCUGUGUGUGUUGCAUUGCAUAGUGAGCCUGCAAACCCUGCCUGCGAACCUGGAGGAGGCUGUCCUCGUCCACACCAUCAAAGCUUUCACCAAGGUUAAUUUUGAUUCUGAAAAUGGACCAAUAGUUUACAACACCCUGAAGAAAAUAUUUAAGCACACACUGAAAGAGAAAAGAAAAAUGGCACAGGAUGGCCCUCAGCCUGGUGUUUUGUAAAGCUAAGCUGUCUCUCCAUAGUGAAUAUCCAGACCUUCUGAAAGUCAAGCCAGGCUCCUGUGCAUAGGUGAACAAGUUCAGGUGUGGGGCUACUUCAUCCUGCAACACUUUGUUGCAGACGCUCUUGGUUUAUGCUAAAAAAUGCUCGUUCCUCUUUGGAGUAAUUAUUUAUUUUAAAUAACAUUCAUAUGCUUUUUGUUGUUGUUGUUGUUGAAAAUUGCCAUAAUUUGAGUGCCACUUUCUUUUAUUUAUGUAACUAAAGAUUAUAUAUUAUUAACAUUUUAAGUA